CAGCGAGUUCACACAGACCUACCGAGCGAGCGACGAGGGACGAGGGGGGAAAGUCCGGCGCAGACACACGGCUUUAAUCUCCAGAAACAGAGCGGUAAACCAGCUCAAAGUGUGGAGAGAGAAGUUGCGGUUGUAGCUGUGUGUAUAUAGCCUCGCUGCUCUCUCGGCUUCACCUCCGUAGCUCGUACAAACCAAUGUGGGAUAGUGAUUGGAGUUGACAAGCCCGCUCCACUACUGUAUCUGCUCUCCUCCCUCCUCUCCCGCUCCACACAAACCAGGAAAUCGUCGAGGUGUGCUUCUUUAUACCGCUACUGGCUACCCCGUCUGCGGGUGUAGAUGCGUGUUUUUUCCCCUCGUUUUUCUUUUUUUUUUUUUUAUUUCUCUAGUUUGACACUUUAAAAGCCGGGCUUCAUCUCUGAAGUCAGACAAACUUGCCUACGAGGAGAGGAGCUCCACUCUGGCCGAACAAUGAGUGAGUCGAGUAUUUGCCAGGCUCGGGCCACUGUGAUGAUCUAUGACGAUGGCAAUAAGAAGUGGCUGCCGGCGGGCACUGGAGCCCAGGCUUUCAGCAGAGUCCAGAUCUAUCACAACCCCACCAACAAUGCCUUCAGGAUAGUGGGACGCAAGAUGCAGACGGACCAGCAGGUGGUUAUAAACUGUCCAAUUGUGAGAGGUCUUAAGUAUAACCAGGCCACACCCAAUUUCCACCAGUGGCGGGAUGCCCGGCAGGUGUGGGGGCUCAACUUUGGCAGCAAAGAGGAUGCUACUCUAUUUGCUAAUGGCAUGGCACACGCUCUGGAGGUCCUCAACUCCAUGGCAGACGCAGGCUAUGCGACCCUCCCCCGGCCAGUGUCAAAUGGACCCUCUCCAGAAGAGCUUGAACAGCAGCGGAGGUUGGAGCAGCAGGAACGGGAGCGACAGGAGAGAGAAAGACAAGAGCGGGAGCGGCAGGAAAGAGAGAGACUGGAAAGAGAGAGACAAGCUGCUGCAGUUUCUAUUCCUCCAGCUCCACCACUGGCCCCUGGAGGUCCCCCUCCACCACCAGCUCCUCCACCACCCCCUGGCCCUCCUCCUGUUCUUAGUAGUGGUGGUGGUGGUGGUGGUGUCCCUCCUCCGCCAGGACCACCUCCAUCGGGAAUUCCACCGGCCCCACCCUUGCCUGCUUUAGGAGGAGGUGGAGGUGGUGGUGGAGGAGCAAUGACGCUUGCGGACGCCCUAGCAGGUGCUAAACUCCGCAAAGUAUCCAAGCAGGAGGAUGGAGCUCCUGCACCAAGCAGAUCUGACUCCAACCGCAGCAGCAACUCUGGAGGAGGAGGAGGAGGAGGAGGAGGAGGAGGUGGUGGUGGUCUGAUGGGUGAAAUGAGUGCCAUCUUGGCACGAAGGAGAAAAGCUGCAGACACUGGAGAGAAGCCACCUGUGAAGACACAAGAUAAUGAUGACUCAGAGCCUCAAGGUCAAAGCGACACCCUUAGAAGACCAUGGGAGAAAUCGUCUAUGAUUAGGAAUAACUCCAUCUCCAAGAGCAUGGACUCCACUUCCUCAUUGUCCCAAGGUUCCAGGGCAAAACCUGCUGGCAACAAUAACAGUAACGAUUCAGGUGGAAUGGAUGACUCUGAUUUAGAGAAAAUGAAACAGGAGAUCCUGGAGGAAGUGCGAAAAGAACUACAAAAAGUCAAGGAGGAAAUUAUUGGAGCCUUUAUUCAGGAGCUGCAAAAGAGAAGCACAUAGUUCUGCUGAGUGUCAGGUGUAACGGAGGGAUGCGAUAGAUGGAGGUGGUUCAGGCCCCGUUGGGACCUCUCCUCCACUGCGUCCUCCAAUGUAGCCCAGGGAUUUCUCUUUUUUCUUUUUUUUUUCUCCUACACAUUUUCUCUUUUCUCGUACACAAACACAUGUGAGCAUACUUGCUUAUGUGUACAUCAUGCAUAUUCACUUACAUGUAAAUGGUAACCCAGGGAACCUCCUCACGUCGCCAUUGGGCACUUGACGAUCACUCACUAAUAUUGCAACAGUGAUCCAUGCCAUCUCUCCCGUGUUCAUUCAUCCAUCCCGUCCCCCUCCAUGUGUUCUGUUCAUCCAAACCAACUCAGAGCACAUAGCUACUGCCACAGUUCUUCAGAUUCAUCAACAUGUACACUCACCGUACUCCUCUUUUCUACAGAAAUCCCGCUACUUGUGUUUUCUCCCUCCUGCUAUGAGACGCACCAUUUACUGAUAGAGCAGUCUUCAGUAUUCAGGGUCAAUGUAUUAGUCGCAUUUUUUACUGUAAUAGCAAGAUGCUGGCAUGCUGGGAUCCCCCCCCCUCCUUUCUCAGUUGGCAAACACAUGUUGAACCUCAAACACUGCGACAGAUAGUUCAGAUCAGACAUCUAGUAUUAGGUUAUUGUCUCCAAUGAUGGUUGGAUGUGGAAAAACAACAAUAAUUGAGGAUGGAUCAAAGAUCCCAACUCCCUGACUACUGCAGUCUCUUACACAAGUGGACUUUGAGCUCGCUCCCAGCAAUGGCUAAAGAACUAAAACAGCACAACGCAAGCCUUCGCUGCUGCCAGGUAGAGAAGUUGGAGGAAGAGGAGACAAGCAAAGGGAAUCUGAUGGACAACCCGAGUGCUAAAAGUGAAAGGGGAGUGUCUUGUUGUUUUAUGAUGUGUGAGAAAUGUAUUCUCUUUGCGUUGCACUUGUUCCAGAGGGCGUGUGUCUGUGUGCCACAUGCCUUGACAGACUAUUCCCUCUCACUCAAAAUGAGAUAUUUGUUGGCCAGUGCAGUGGUCCCACACUGUGCUUCUGAUAGUUAUUUUCUUCCAUUCUAGCUGUUUUCUAACUUUGAAACAUGAAAAAUGGCCAUGAUGAGGUCAAUUAAUUUGGCCAUGACCAACUGCCUUGAGAAUAAAUAAAUAAAUAUAAAUAUAUAUAUAUAAGGAAAAUAUAUAUUUGUUUUGAGGGAAAAUGUUAGCAAAAAUGAAGUGGUGUUUCUAUUUUAAUUGAAAUGAUUGGUGAAUGGGGCUUUUGUUUUCUUUUUUCAAUGAUUGUUUUCUUAUGAAAUGUUAUUUUGGGUUUACCGUUUCUUUUUUCUAAUAGAGUCUAGGCUUUUUACACUGAAAUAUUAAGAAAACGGCUUAGAGACACUGGAUUAGAAAUGCCUUUAUAGUCGAAUACAGCUGCUUCUUGAAAUGCAUUGCUUUGUCUUUGAGUCAUCUUUGGGCAUCCUGUUGUAAGAUUUAUUUGAAUUCAGACUAAAUGAACUUUUAUGAACUUCCUUACACUGAAAUCCAAACUUUUGAAUUGGAGCCUGGCUUAGAAAUGUUGUGAAAUAGAAAAAAAAAUGUAAUAAAAACAAAAAUAUUUAACUUGAGAGGUCUUUCCCCCCAUUAGAUGGAAAUAUUCAACUAUGUGGUUCAAGACAAUAAAGAUGUGCACACGAACAGGUGAAGUUAGACAUUUUAAUUACAUGUUAGUAAAGCAUUUGUUUGCUUCUAGGUGUUUUCCAAUGCGUACAUUGUUGGAUUAAACCUUUUAAAAAUC